AUGUGUCUGUUUUGGGCCUUGUAUGGCAUACAGAUUACAGAUACCUUAUCUUGCAAAAUAAGUCAAGAUAUAAAAUUGGAUGACCCAGUUACUAAAAGACUAGUUUUAGCAGUAGCUCAUCAGGUGUUUGACGUUAUAGGGUAUACGGCUCCUGUAAUGUUGAUUCCAAAACUAAUUUUACAGGAAACUUGGAAUUUAAGGCUUAAAUGGGACGAUGUUCUUCCCGAUGAAUUAACCAAAAAGUUUAAGUUUGGGCUUAAAAAGUUGUACUUGCUAUCCAGUAUCCAAAUACCUAGAUGGGUAGGUCUCAAAUCUAUUAAUGAAGCUGUGAGUAUACAUCUCUUUUGUGACAGUAGUAAAAGUGCGUAUGGUGCAUGCGUCUUUUUAAGAGUGCAGAGUGGCAAAAAGGUGAAGGUUAGUUUGAUUCACGCAAGAUCGAGAGUAGCUCCUUAA